AUGAGGAACAACAUUUGGACUUGGGUGGGUGGUGGGCUCCCCUCACGCAAGGCCCUUUGGUCACUGUUGUCCUCUCUCGUCUUGUCUCCCCAGUCAGAAGAUCUCGGCGCCUGCGUCCAGUUUGAGAGCAGCCGCCAAAACCGCAGCAUGAUGCCGAGCAACAGCUGCGUCUUCCCCACUUUCAACCUGAGGAAGCCCUCCUCGGAGACGGACAUUGAGAACUGGGCCUCCAAGCACUUCAACAAGCACACCCAAGGUCUCUUCCGACGCAAGAUCUCCAUCGCGAACAUGCUGGCCUGGAGCAGCGAGUCCAUCAAGAAGCCCAUGAUCAUGACCAGCGACCGCAACGUCAAGAAGGAAGCCUGUGAGAUCUUCAAGCUCAUCCAGAUGUACAUGGGCGACCGGCGGUCCAAGACGGACCAGCUCAACGUAGCUCUGGAGAUCGCCACCAAAGGAUGGAGCAUGCAGGGCCUCCGGGAUGAGCUCUACAUCCAGUUGUGCCGGCAGACCACCGAGAAUUUCCGCUACGAGAGUCUCGCCCGGGGUUGGGAGCUGAUGUCCAUCUGCCUGGCUUUCUUCCCGCCCACGCCCAAGUUCCAUUCCUACUUAGAGGGGUACAUCUACAGGCACAUGGACCCGGUGAACGACACCAAAGAGUUCCUGGGGACAUCGAUGAAGUCAACGCUCUCAAGCUUCAGGUGGAUCAGUGGAAAAUCCCCACUGGCUUAGAAGACCCCCACGUUCCUGCCUCCCUGCUGAAGCUCUGGUAUCGCGAACUUGAGGAGCCUCUGAUCCCGCACGAGUUUUACGAGGAGUGCAUCACCCACUACGAGAAUCCGGAAGCUGCCAUCGCUGUCGUCCACUCCCUUCCCAGGAUCAACAAAAUGGUGCUUUGCUACCUCAUCCGUUUCCUCCAGGUGUUCGUGCAGCCGGGUAAUGUGGCCAUCACCAAGAUGGACGUCAACAACCUUGCCAUGGUGAUGGCCCCUAACUGUCUGCGCUGCCAGUCAGACGACCCACGGAUUAUUUUUGAAAACACCCGCAAGGAAAUGUCCUUCAUCCGGGUGCUCAUCCAGCACCUGGACACAGGCUUCAUGGAGGGAGUGCUAUAGCCCUUGUGCCAACAGGACCGGACCGCAGUUGGACAGCCAUCACCUGGAUCUCCUCCCGAAUCCCAAAGUCAGUCAGUGAGAACCAUUUUUUUCGAUGCGGCAGGAGAUGCCAACCUUGCGAAGCACCCGAAGAGAAAAGCUGUGGGCCCACUGACCUUGCCGUCUUGGCUAUGCCAACUUGGGCAUCUGAAGUUGCUCAGGAACCCCUUGGGGCCUGUGCGGACGGACAAAAUGAGGCUGCCUCUUAGUGGUCCCCUGGUGGACAACCUCCCAAGCUGGACUUCAUCGGGAGCAUCUACAUAAAUGGACAACCCGACACCAUUCGGGAGAAUUGUGAACCAAGGUAGAAAGGCCAGGAGGCCUCUCUACACUCCCCCCCCCCCCCAAA